UCCUUUAAGAGACAAUGGCCAUUUCAAUUUAUGAUUAGUACCGCAUCUACAUACAUAUUUGUGAUUACGUAUGUAUUUGUACUCGAUUUGUUAUUAUUUUCCAAACAACGGUGCAUACCUUCAGUACAAUUACAGUAUAAAAUGGCAAACUGCGCAGGAAGCCCAUCUCGCAUUAAUAUUCUUGCUACCAAAAUAAAUUUACAGUGUAUUUAUGUUCACACCCGUAUGGAAUAAUCGAUAUUACUUCGAUAUCGAUUUAUCUGAAAUGAAUUUUAAUCAAUCAAUUUGUAACAUAUUCAUUUCCAUGUAAACAAAAUAACAGCUGAUCACAGUUUAUUUGGUAUUAUAAAAAAAAAAAUUUAAUAAAUUCGUGUGAAUGCGCCGGCUAUUUUAUACGUAUUUUAGUGCUAUGUCAAAAAAUAAAAAUAAGAAGUCAUCAACUGCGGCGACAACAACCACUGCCGAUACGAAAUGCGAAGAGGGUCCAGUACAGAUGGAUAAAAGCGGUAAUAUAUGUAUACGUAUCCUGGCUAAACCCGGCGCUAAGAUGAACGGAAUCACAGAUAUUGGAACUGAGGAAGUAGGGGUGCAGAUCGCAGCACCACCCACAGAAGGCGAAGCCAAUGCGGAGCUGGUAAAAUAUCUGUCCAAAGUACUGGGGUUGCGAAAAAGUGACGUAUCAUUGGACAAAGGAUCCCGAUCACGCAAUAAAUUGGUUAUGGUUAGUAAAGGUGUCUCUACGCCUGAAAAUGUGUCCGCAGCGUUAAAAAGAGAGUGCGAGACUUAAAAAACUAAUAAAGGAAAUUCUGUCGCAUUUCAUUGAUUUUACGAUGUACUAUGUCAUUGAGGCAUCAUCUCUAAUCCAACCGAAGAGAAAGUAACCAAUUGUAAGGCCCAAAAUAAUGGCUAAGCACAGCCAAUAAUUAAAAGUCAUAAAUAUUAGCAUGAUCAGCAUUGACAAUGUAACUUGAAUUAAGAACAAUAGAUCCCGCGAAUGUAUGACAUACUGGGUCUACUUGCUCUUUAUUUUUCCCAAUUCGUUUAAGUUCACGUCGAAGAAGAAACUGCCGUAGAAAUUUUAGAGCUUCAUAUAAAAAUGACAAAAGAAAGACAGCAAGAGCUGAUAGUGUAAAUUCGGCGAUAGAUUUAGGGGAC